AUGGCGUCCAAAUCAGCCGUCAUCAAGAAUCGUGCGUCAACUGCCAAAGAUGCUGCUGCCGCUAAGAAGGCUAACCUUAUCGUCGGCUCAGCUGAAAUGGUAGGAUUUUCGACAGCGACCGCACCCCUGAUGAACGGGGAGAUCAAGAAACAGGAUCAUAAGUCUGCAUGUAUGUCUGAGGCUUCUGGAGAGGUGUCGCGGACGACCGCCUGCUCAUUAUUCUCCCAGACUGAACCAACAUCAACGUCCUCCUCGAUCUCUUUCAGCAGUGUCUCGUUAAAUUCUUCGGACAACACUACGAAGGACUCAGCUAAUGUGCCCGCCUCUCUGACUGAGAACCCGACAGUCGAUCAUGGGAGUGACACUUAUACAAGCGAGAUGCACAGGAAGAAAACCAAAAAGAAACAGUGCGACAGUGGUGUAGCGUCAAGCGAGAAACAGACAGGGCUUGAUACUAGAGUAGACCAGGACACGAUCUCCUAUAACCACAAACAACAUUUGCGGGCUUUUAUCGUAGAGGCGACGCUACAACAACAUCCUAAAGAAUCAAAUGGUACUGCGACAAUGGAAUCCAAAAAAGGCGAGCAACAGAACCGAUGCGACAUUCUUACGCUACCUGGCACACCGCCGCAAAAAGAUGCGAUCUCACUUAUACAAUCCUCAAGAUUACUAUCAAAAUUGCCCUACCCAACUCAUAAAUAUAACGUCGAGGCUUCCAAUAGCCCUGUUGCCCCACGACCUGUACAUCGGCGAGAUCGGAAUCCGGUGGCCCGCUUUGAGCUUCAUGCCCUGACGCCUAGGAUAGUUCAAACUUACAAAAAAGAUUUUCUGAGAUUCGCGGAGUCUGGAAACGAGAUCUCGUUCUUGGAUCAGAAUACGAUACAGCCAAGACACCAGCGGAAGCCAUUCGUCGCCAUUAUAGAGCCCGACGACGACUUUUAUAUCGUCAACCGGCUGUGCGAAAAAGAUACGACUUGUCUGGAGCAGGAGACUGCGCCAAAGGACCAUCCCUGGGAGGAAUCAAGCGAGUGGAUGGUUAGGAAUACUAUCCAGUGCCUUCUCGGAGACAAGAACAUAGAAAUGUCGUAUGUGUCAAUCCUGUCGACCAUCAAUGUACUUCAGUCAAAGUAUGACCAAGAUCCAAAUAGAGUAGUGACUUUAUCGAGAACAGACCUGUCUGUGCGAGGCGAGGACGAGGGCAUGGACAGAAUCGAGGCUACAGCUACUGAAGCUGCUGUCGCAGAGAGGAGGGUUGGCAAAAUGUACUCGAAGCUGCUUAGGAUCAUGAUGCGGUGUAACGUAGCAGAGGCGCUAGCCCAGGAAGCUACGCGUCAAAGAAAUAUCAACCCCACGGCCCUGUACCUGCAGCUGUAUAACGCAAUCCAGAACGCGGGAUAUGAACUUCAGGAUACCGACCAUUUGCAAAUAUGUCAAUUCCUUCUCGAGAAGCAAUCUGCAGAAGAAGCUCUCCUAUGCCUCAGCAAAAUCAACCCUGCCCGCUGGAUCGACGCUACCUACCGUACUGCCAUCUCCUGCCAUCUGUUCUCCAAUCCUCGCCAUCUACAUGAGGCAGAAGUCAUUCUCGACCAAUACCUGACUCAUACUAAUACUCCUGCAGUGUCCCUGGCCAAGAAUGAUCAAGAGCGCGAGAAGGCCAACAAGGUCAUGAUUCAGGAAUGGUUCAAACUGCAGUUGGAUGCCUCAAAAUGGGAGGAGAUCAAGACUUUGUAUGAGGGGAGACGCGCUAGGCUUGUCGAGGCGCCAAGUAAUAUUGACCGGCUCACGGCUUCCGAAUUGCGGUCGUAUUGCGCCGAUACCGAGCGGAACUAUCUCGCUGGGCAGCAGCGACCUAGCAGGCGCGCAUCGACCGCGUCUCUGAUCAGUGUUGCCUCCAGCGGCGCAUUCUCUGCUCCAUCGAUUGGGGCCACUACUUCCCAGACUCUACCGCAAUUCCCAGAGUCGACGACCGCGGCACCUAUUACUACCUCUCAGUCAUUCUCCUUUUUCUCUGCUUUCUCAUCCACACGGCGACACUCGACUGCUAGUACUGCCUCCUACACCUUUGACGCGACUGCACCUCCAACAGUCAAGGUCAAACAGGUUCCACCGCCUCGCCUGUCCCUUCAGUCAAACAGCAGCACAUCCAGCUCUCAAGUGAGCCGCUACCUCACAAUCUUGGACAAUGGCAUGUUGGAGGAGUGUAUUAACCACAAACAAUUCGAUUACGGCUGGAGUCAGAUAUACGAGCGCAUGGGUCCUACACUCGAGGAUAAAGACACUGCCAAGAUUGUGAUGAGACUCUGUAAACGCGCCUUCUUGGGUCAUGGCGGUCUGGGACUCAAGUUGCCAGGAUCUCCUAAUAUAUUGGCCAAGGAUUUCUGCUCUGGCGACGACGACGACGACGAUAUUGAGCUGGAUGACGGUUGUAGUAACCAACGGACUGACAUGGGUUUGUUCAGGGACAAAGAUAUGACUAAAUCGAACUCCAAGCAGGAGGAUCCAGAGAUCUGGGAGGCACGCGCCUGGGUCAUCUACAACAAGGCGACCAUGAACCCGUUUUUCUUUAGUUCCAAUAAUGCCAGCAGCCCUAGAUCACCGAGUCAGCUGCAAAAUCCUUCAUCAACGGCCGCAAGUGUUAGUAACAGCGGCGUCUCGGCUAGUAGUGGUGCCAUACCAUUGACAUCCUCGAUCUCUGCCCCUAUUGUCGCGGGCACGACGUCCCUGACCGUGUUCCUGCACAAUAUUCUAAUCGUAGCCAUCAAUUCUCCGGAAAAAUCGUCGCGGUUCUUGAAGGCGUGCAGGAUCUAUAACCAGAUGCGAAAUGACCCCUUGACCCAGUACCAGGCUCAGUUGAGAGACCCAUUUGUGAUGAAAUACAUGAUUAAGGCGAUAUACGACACUGUCAUAGCGAUUGUCCGCGCACAGAAUCAGGAGCAGGAGCACGAAAGAAUUGAACCUUCACAUCUAUCGCAAUCGAUGACCAUUGGACGCCUGAUUGAUCUGACGUUCGAGAUCUACGCAGAUAUGCGAAACGUGGGCCCAAUCCGCCAGUUACCACAUUUGAGCACCUUAGCGCCAUCUACCUCUGCCCCCUUGAAGCCCCACAGGACAGUGAGUGUACCUAACAUUGCCAGCAGUAGUGCAAGCAUCGGUGGCAGUAUGUCCAUGUUCUUCCAACUCUCGAGUCGGCCUCUUAUUGCAUCCUCAGCCACUGUCGACUUGUCUGGAUGCGGUGCCAAUACCCUACCAACCCACUCUGUUUCUGCUAUCUCGCCUUCAACUAACAUCACCUCCCAUGCUGCCAUGAAUUCGCCUUCUUCACGUUCAAAAAUACCCACCACAACUACUAACGCGCCAUGCGUUCUUCAACCCUUGAACCCAACACUCUCCCCAAUCACCCGAGCACGCCGCCUGCCGAACGAGCUCUAUCUCGCGCUCCUACAUCUCUGCAUUCAGGUCCCACUUUCGGGUAUACAACAAUCCGCCCGAGUUGUCAAGACCAUUAUCACGGACAUGAUGUCUACGAAAUCUGGCCAACAGCCCGCGAAUCUCGACAGACAUCUCGCUGCAGCAUUGCAGUAUUAUCAUGACCAGUGGAUGUGUCGUCCACAUGAGCUCAAAGAACGGAGGAAUGGGAAUAGGGAUGAAGAGGACGCGAAGAAGGAAAACCCAAGCGCAUGCGUGUUUCAUGGAUGGAUGUAUUGUCCAGAAGAAUAUAUCCUCAGCCAUAUGACGACCUCGAAGGAUUCCAUUCCAUGCGAAUCUAUCUACGAUCUGUCCGGUCCUGACGCCACCAUCUAUGCCGCAGAUGUAUCAUCUAUUCCACCAGAUAGCAUGGUUUCCUCAGCUCCAUCAUGCACAGCAAGAGGCAGCACAGCUAACCUACAGGAUAUCGAGAGAUCGGAUUACUACAGUAUCUCGAAGCACGAUGCUGAUCUGGAUGAGCUGGAUCAGUACUUGGGCGAACGCGCAGCUGCAGCAAUAAAAUCCAACGACCCCAAUAGCCACAGUGCCGAAGCGAAUGCCCAUUGGAUGGACGGUCUUGACCACGACACAUGCAACGACCGCUUCUACUGGAACCUCUGGAGUCGCGAGCACCCUUUGCUCCAAGAGAUCAAGUUCUCGCGACGCCGCGCCAGGAUGCUCUGGCGACACGUCAGUUAUGUUGAGAAAUUGUAA